GCGGAAGGCGGGGGCCGAGCCGGGAGGGGUCCUGCAAUUCCGCAGGUCCGCUGCCGGGAACGGUCGGGUGUCAGAUUGGAGUGGGGUGGGGUUCGGCUGUCAGGCAGCGCGUGCAUCAAACCACAUUUCAGCCGCGUCCUCACUCUCUCAGUCCGUUCGGCCCCGGCCGCGGGCUCGGAGGGCGCCUGCCAAAGGAACACGGGGCCCCUCACGAGGACUUCGGCCGGGCGCCGCGUACAGACAAAGGGGUGGGAGAUGGAGACACUUCCGUGAUUACUGCCAGCGGCCGCGGAAGAAGAGGACGCUUUGCUGCAGGAACGCAGGUCCGAGCGCAGCGGCAGCUUUGCGGGAGCUCAGGGGCGGGGUAGGAGGCGUCCAUCACUCUCCGACCUCCUGGCGAGCCUCAAGCCCCUUACGCAGCGCCUCUCUGAGCACCCUGUCCCUGCUGUCGUUCACUGAGGACCACUUCCUCGCACGCUCUCCGUUCGGCCCCUCCGUGCUCCCGCGGUCCGCCAGCCACGCAGCCCAAGUGUGCCAUCGGGCGGGCGCAGAGGCGGCGUCUGCUCCCACCCCCGAGAUCACAUGGUGACCCUCGGCAGCCAAUGCAGUGGACGCUAGGACCCUGCGGGACCCCGGGCGCCGCGACUGCACCGGCGCCGCUGCAUUAUAAAUACUUCUCCAAAAUGCGGCGCAGCUCCCUGCGCGCGCCCCGGCCGCCCGCCGCCUCCGCCCUGCGCCCCUGAGCCGCUGCCGCCGCCGCUGCCGCCGCGGGUCCGAGGGCGCCGCGCCCUUGCCCUGGGCUCGGGCUCUGCCCGCUGCCGCCGGCUCGCGUCCUCGCGCUGCGCCGCCCGGCCGGGUGCAUGCAUUGUGGGCCUCCCGACAUGGUCUGCGAGACGAAGAUCGUGGCUACGGAGGACCAUGAGGCACUGCCGGGGGCCAAGAAGGACGCGCUGCUCGUCGCCGCCGGAGCCAUGUGGCCCCCGCUGCCCGCCGCGCCCGGGCCGGCCGCCGCACCCCCACCCGCGGCAGGUCCCCAGCCCCACGGAGGCACCGGGGGCGCGGGGCCGCCGGAGGGGCGCGGCGUGUGCAUCCGCGAGUUCCGCGCAGCCGAGCAGGAGGCGGCGCGCCGCAUCUUCUACGACGGCAUCUUGGAGCGCAUCCCCAACACGGCUUUCCGCGGCCUGCGGCAGCACCCGCGCACCCAACUGCUCUACGCCCUGCUGGCCGCCCUCUGUUUUGCUGUGACCCGCUCACUGCUGCUGACAUGCCUGGUGCCGGCCGGGCUCCUGGCCCUGCGCUACUACUACAGCCGCAAGGUGAUUCUGGCCUACCUGGAGUGUGCGCUGCACACGGACAUGGCUGACAUUGAGCAGUACUACAUGAAGCCACCUGGUUCCUGUUUCUGGGUGGCUGUGCUGGACGGCAACGUUGUGGGCAUCGUGGCCGCACGGGCCCAUGAGGAGGACAACACAGUGGAGCUGCUCCGCAUGUCCGUGGACUCGCGUUUCCGCGGAAAAGGCAUCGCCAAGGCUCUGGGCAGGAGGGUGUUGGAGUUUGCCAUGCUGCACAACUACUCUGCAGUGGUACUGGGCACCACAGCCGUUAAGGUGGCCGCCCACAAGCUCUAUGAGUCACUGGGCUUCAGACACAUGGGCGCGAGUGAUCACUACGUGCUGCCUGGCAUGACCCUCUCGCUGGCCGAGCGCCUCUUCUUCCAGGUCCGCUACCACCGCUACCGCCUGCAGCUGCGCGAGGAGUGACCACCACCACCUGCCCACCACCCUGUCUGCCCCCGUCCACCUCUGCCCUCUUGCUCACUGCCUAGUGCGGCCCUGCUUUCCAAUGCUCACCUUGGCAUUUGUUUGGGUUUUCCUUUUUCAGCAUCAUGCUGGUUCAUCACCUGGCUGGUUCUGGGGCCACAGGGUCCCAGUCCAGAGUGCUCAUCUGCAACACUCUGGUGGGGUGGAUUGUCUGCAGCCAUGGCCCUUGCCUCCCCAGCCCAUCAGAGUGGCUCAUCAUGCCUUGAAGAGCAGCAUUGUGGACCAUCUGAACUAUCCACAAAGCUGCCCAGCCUGCCUCCAUCAGGGAAGGACUAGCCUUGCCCAUCAAGCACAGAACCUCUACAACAACCCCCCCCCCCCCAAGGAGCAGAACCCUGGCCCCCAGCCAGGCUAAGGCUCAACUAUUGGCCUCUGGAAGAGUGGUCUGCUGGGCUGGCCAGCCACUGCCCCAUGGGAGGCUGAGCUGGUCCCAGGCCCUGCUUUGCCCUGUGCAUGCUAAGGACAUGGCCUGGCUGCAGCAUGCCGCAUGCCACAGCCCCCUGCCCCACUAUCCUGCCCAGCCUGGACCUCAGGCCUGAGCUGGUGAGCUCCCUUGUCCUGUCCUGAGCUGGCCUCUGGAGGGCCUACCUGCCUGACCCUGUCUACUCUCUGGUGAGGCCUGGCCUGGCCUAACCUGGCUCUAUCCACUCCUGCUUUGCUUCGAAAUCAUCUUACCUCUUUCCCUUUUUGGUCCCCGUGCCUCCUUGCUCUGGCUGACUUGGCUGGUCACCCGGGUUUGGUUCCUGUAGCAAUCCACUGCACAGCAUGGUGGGGAUUUCAUGGGGGUGGGGGGGACACCUCCCCCAACACCUGUUAGACCAGGUGGCCACCUCCCAGCUGCCUGAGGUCCUGUGGCCUCAUGCUGUUUGUGGGGUCUGCCCUGUGAAUGUAACUAGCCCAGGCUGUUGUUGGCAAUGCCUGCCACAGCUUCUCCCAGCCUGAAACAACCCAUUCUCUAAUAAGUUACGUAGACAGAAUAGCACUCUGCAUGACUUUAAUUACUGGGACAAAAUGGUAGUUUGAGCCUCCAGACACACAUCUGUGUGGUGCUAGCAUACGCAUGGUCUCUGGCCCCAUUUGAUGGGGGUGGGUGGCCGGGUAGGUGGAAGAUUUCAGUUUGAAGUAUGGAAGGAGACUCUAAUUUAGUGUAAACACCCCUAAAGUGCCCUCACAACACAGUCUGUGAGGCUCAGGUUGCCCCUUGAUUCCUUGUAUGCAGGAUUGAGGGGACUGGAGGGUCCUAAAGCCUCAUAGGAAGGGCUGGGCACUGCCUCGGGGGAAGAAGCUGGUGGUUGGGGUGGGUCCAGGUAUCACCCACUACAGACUACUCUGCUAGGUCAACUGUUCCUGGCCUCUCCUUUUUGAGGUUCUACUUCAGAUCCAGCCUAGAUGGGGGUGGGUAUGGCCUAGGACAGGGAAAGGCAGUAGCUGGCAGUGGUCAUGAGGCCAGCUGAAACUUGGACUUAGCUUUAGUGCAGGGGGUGCAUAAAGGCCCGUCCACAUUCCUCUGUGUGGGGCUUGGGGUGAGGAGUGGCAGGCUAGGUAGACCAUAGAGCUGGGCCCCUGGCACCAAGGCUACAUUAUUAGAAAGGCUCUUUAGAGUUAAUGAGUUGGUGGAACAAGCCCAGCUUCCUGAGGGGCCUUUUGUCCUGUUAGCAAUUGAGGCAUUUGCAGAACACUGUACAGACCCCGCUCUCCCCUGUACAUUCCUCCCUGGUGGUGCCCGGUCCCCGCUUGGGGAUGGGAGUUUUGUAGACUGUACAGAAAUUGGCACCCUAUUUUCUUGCAGCUCUCAGAUUUUGUUAAUCUGGAUUAUACAGACAGAUGUAAAGUGUUUUAGCAAAAUGGAAAACAAACAGUUGUGCCUUUUUUCUCUUUUCUGUUUGGAUUGGUCUCGGCUCGGGGCUAGUCUUAGUUGUUGUGGGGGUAUAGGGACUGCUGGUGUCUGAGGCCUGUGGGGUCAGAGACUGCUGGUGGGUCUGAGGCCUGGGUAGGCCUAAGUGGGAGCCAGGUCUACUGGACACCACCAGCUGCCAAGACUUCUCUGAUCCUGUGCCUUUGGGGCCUGCAGUCUGGGGUUGGAAGGUGUGGCAGGGCACUGGGAUCACUUGGGCCAGGGCUGAGCUUGGGGAUCCUGUAGCCACCCAUGUCUCCUUGAUACUGACCUGGGAUGAGCUCAUAGUAGAUUCCUCCAGCCUAGGAGCCUGGGAGAAGCCGUGGCCCUUCCAGCCUCUUGGCACCUUUCCAAGGGGAUCUCUCCCUGCUGAACAACCCAUGGAUAAAGGGAAGUUUGCUGGGCUCUCAAGUAUUCGUUGCCUUCUGUUGCUGCCAACACUUGGUAGAGAUUCCAGGAAUGGAUGGUGGGGUAGGCUCCAGCUGCAUCAGGAUGGAGCCUCACCAGGCAGUAUGUAGCUUGGCAGGGCCUGAGGCCCUGGAGACAUACCUGUGUCCCUGGGCUGGCGGAAGCUGAGUGUGCUGAUGGCUGCGCCUGACUGUGUCCACUCCAUCAUCCCAGCCAGAGCUCUGAGUGCUCUGCACAUGUGCACUGAUGUGAAUUUUCUGUUUGUUGAGAUUCUGAUGUUUCUUCUACCUCUGUGGAGGCCCUCCUCUCUGCUCCACUUGGUGGCCAUGUGCUUGGUGCCCCUCCUCUGAGUUGGCUGGCCAUCUCCCCCUCCCUUGAGCCUCCAAGCACCUGAGGUGGCCAGCAGCUGUACUCUGGGCCUGGGAAGGCCCAGGGAAGGCCAGCCUGGGGUCUGACUCUCUGCUCAGGAUCUGUGGCUUCCAGGAGUCCUAUUGUUUGCUUGGAAACUUUAGAGUAGGGAGGGAAAAAGAGAUGAUGGAAUGUCCCAGAAUGUCAGUGUUGGAUGACCCUACAGCUCAGAUGUGGUAUACCAUUGCUUGACUGUUCCCAGGCAGCUCCCACUGCCCAGGCAUGUGUCUCUGCAGAUGCCUCGUCUCUGCUGUAGGCCAAGAGGCUGGCCUGCAUGUUCUAAGAUCUGGCCCCUGAGUGUAGCGAGGCCAUGCCCUGGUGGCCAUGACAGCCUCUUCCAUGUCCUGGUCUCACCCCUAUGCUUAUCCUUCCCCCUAGCACUGCCCUGGGGCUGGGCAGCAGCUAAAGGCAUGUGCUAACCUGGCUGAGGUGGUAGAUGGCUGGCUUUGGCUGGGAGGCCCUGUGGUUAACAACUUAGUUUCAGGGUCUUGGACAGUUCCCAUCUUGCACAGGUACCCUUCCUGAGAUAAGGGAUAGGGCAGAGGACAGAGUCAGGGACACACCUAAAGUGAGCUUGGGCUUUGACCUGAUGCCUGGGACUCGCUAGACCAUAGGAUCAUCGCUUGUUGCUGGAAAACAUGCUGCCCAUUCCUACUUGCCUUUGCCAACCCCAGGUAGCCCCAUGGUCACAGCUUCCUGGAGCUGGCGUCCAGGGCUGUGCCUGUGGCUAAAGGCCUGGGGACAAAACUUUUUGGGUCUUGCUGGUGUCCCAGGUUUCUUGGGGACUGGAUGUGACCUCCUAGCUGCGUAGGAACUGUGCAGCACCCAUGAGGUCAUCUUCUUGUCAGGCCCAAGGGGCAGCCUGAGAGAGCUGACCUGAGGUGGCUGUGUCCCUGGCCAUGGUAGCAGUGCUGCUGGCGCCCGUUGUCCUUGGCUUUUGGCCACCCUCUGCUGGGUGUGAGGCAGACCCUGGGCUGGGCUGGGCUGCUCUUUGGUGCUACUGUCACCGUGCUUCCAGCAAGGGAGGGGUCCAUGAUGGUGGGUGGGACUUGCCUGGAGCUGGGUGGAAGAUGAGCCUUGACUUACCACUGUUGGAUGUAUUUUUUUUUAAAACAGCAAUAAUUAGCCAUUUUAAAGAAGGGGUUUACCUACAUAAAUGUGCAUGCCCAUCGGUGUAUGUGCAUUUGUGCACAUGUAUGUGCAUCUGAGAGUAUGUGUUUGCAUGUGAGAGCAUCUGUGUGUGUGUAGGAACUUUGCAGCACCCACAGGGCCAUCUUCUUGUCAGGCCCAAGGGGCAGCCUGAGAGAGUUGACCGCGACACACACACACACACACACACACACACACACACACACGCCAUUUGUGAUCAUGUGCUCAUAUGACUAUAUGUGCCCAAGAAAUCACAUUCAUGUGUUGCAUGUGUGUGAGCACGUUUGAGUAUGUGUGGGCAUCUCCAUAUGUGUAUGAAUGUGUGCAUGUGUAUGCUUGUACGUGCACAUGUAUAGCAGUGGGAGGGAGUCUGUGGGGACAGUCUCUGAUCUGGGAGGCACUUUGUGGUAAGAAGGGUCUUGUGGUUGUCUUUCACUAUGUCCAUUCCCUGCCCUGCCCUGCCCUGCCCAGCUCCACGUGAAUGUAGCACAACCCCACCAGGCCAGCUGAGCCUCUGCUGGCCCUCACCUCUGUCCAUGUCCCCCUCAGCUGAGGGUAGGGUAGAGGAGCUGGAGUUCCCUUGGAUAGGACACUGACUGGGUUUGGCCAGGGUGCAGAGGGUAUGACACAGUGGUAGGUCUCACUGUUGUGGUUUGUUUCUGAAUUUGUACUGUGAGCCCAUGAUGGGGGUGGGGGUGUCCUGAGACCCCAGGAUGUGCCAAAAUAGCCCCUAGGGCCAGGUGACGAGCCGAGUUCCCAAGAAGACAGGCUGGGGGCCCAAGUGGGUGUGUACCCCUGCCUGCAUGGCCCCCAAUGCUGCUGUUUUUCAAUAAAACCAGAAUUGAAGGAA